ACUAGCCGUCACAAGAAAAAAUAAAACAUAACCUAAAAAGCAACUGUCGUCAAAGUAUCAGGAUUGGAUUUUUUUAAUUUUCUGAGAAAUGGAAGAAGAAAAAGCUGAAACCAGCAAUCUUACUUGUAAAUUCAUAUACAAAAAGCGAUCAAAACCAUUAAUUCGCAAUCAACGCAGAAGAGAGCCAUCCUCCUCAGAACAUAACAGCAGCAAUGAUGAAUCAGAAACUACCAUCGUAAGGCGACAAAAAAAACGUAAACCAAAUCCCAACAUACAAAGUUCGUCAAAUAAGCAGAAAAAGGAACGUGCUGAUUCAAGCGGCGAGUCUAGUGAUAACGUAACUGUCAGUUACAAGUCUAAACGGUCAACAACUGUAUCUGGCCCGGCCGAUCAAGGAGCUACCGCAGUUUUAGAAAUAGACACAGAACGAGAUAGAGACGCACAAGCAAUAUUUGAAAAACGAUUAGAAAUCAACAAAGAGCUGGAGGGGAAGGAAGACGAUAAAAUCUACCGAGGCAUGAAUAAUUACGCACAGUACUACAAGCCGAAAGACACCGCGGCCGGGAAUGCGAGUUCUGGUAUGGUACGAAGAGGUCCAAUUAGAGCUCCGGAAAAUAUAAGAGCGACAGUUCGUUGGGAUUAUCAGCCCGACAUAUGUAAAGAUUACAAAGAGACCGGCUAUUGCGGUUUUGGCGACAGUUGUAAAUUUUUACACGACCGAAGCGAUUACAAACACGGAUGGCAAUUGGAGAAAGAGUACGCGUCUGGAGAGUAUCAACGGAACGACGAGGAUGAUGACAAGUACGAAAUUGCAUCCGACUCGGAAGAGUUUCCGUUCAAAUGUUAUAUCUGCAGGAAGAGCUUCGUCAAUCCCAUUGUUACAAGAUGCAAGCAUUACUUUUGUGAAGCUUGCGCGUUGAACCGGUACAAGAAAUCGGCAAGGUGUGCUAUUUGUAAUACACAAACAAACGGCAUGUUCAAUCCGGCGAAAGCACUAAUUGCUAAAUUAGACUCCUUGAAGGAUAUGGGAGAAGAAAGUGAUUAGGCGAUUAAGUAUUAGUGAAAUAAAGUGUUUUAAUAAAACAAUAAUUUUAUCAACUG